AGCAUAUAUAAUAGCUGGAAGUGGGAGUAGACGCAGAAAUGCUUCUUCAUCUAAUGAUCGUAUGCAUAAUCUCAGUACUCUUCCGAUCACAUAAAGCAGCUGUAGUCUCCUUGGCGUUGGAUGGUUGCCAAGAAAAAUGUGGAGAAGUAGAAAUUCCUUAUCCGUUCGGCAUAAAUAAGGGCUGCUAUCUUGAUGGGCAAUUUGAAAUCAUAUGCGAUAUUGCAUCGAAUUCUGCAUUUCUAGUUGACUUCAAAAUGAAGAUAGAACACAUCUCCAUACCACAUCAUCAUGUAAGGGUCUCCAACUUCCCAGUUCUAAAUAUGACUUUCAAUAGAUCAUCUGGAGAAAGUUUGAGAGUACAACCUACUCCAGAAUUUAAUUUUAGACGUUUCAGUUUGUCCCACACAAAAAAUAAGUUUGUUGUAGUAGGAUGUGAUUUGUUUGCCUACGUUGUUAAUAAUACAACUAAAGAGUUCCUAACAGGAUGUGGAUCUCUCUGCAACCGCACUGACAUAGUCAGAUCCACUUCAUCUUGCUCGGGCUUUGGUUGCUGCCAGUCAAGUUUACCGAAAGAUUUCUCAAUUUUUACUUUGUGGGUUAAUAGAAUAAAUACCUUGAAAGAGUCCUGGCCAUCAGAUCCAUGUGGCCUUUUCUUUUUUGCAGCCACGGACGUAGAAAUUGAUCAUCGACAUAAUUUUUCUACUUGUAAUGAAAGGUAUUAUGUUCCUGUAGUCUUUAACUGGACAGUUGGAAACACUAGUUGCAGCAACGCGAAGACAAAAAACGACUAUCGCUGCGGCCCGAAUAGUAAUUGCUAUGACAAUGAUGGAGGUGGGGGAUACAGAUGCAUAUGCAAUCCAGGUUACCAAGGGAAUCCUUACCUUCCCAAGGGAUGCGAAGAUAUUGAUGAAUGUAUAAAGCCCAAUCUCAAUGACUGCCAAGAGAAAAGCCGCUGCAGAAACACACCAGGAAGCUACUAUUGCCAACAUAGUCGAGGACAUAUAUUGGCAUUGUUCAUUCCCUUAGGAGUUGGCCUCGCCGCUGGCCUUCUAUUUCUGGUAGCUGUUAUUCUCUGGCUCUUCCGUAAAAUUAAGAAAAUGAAUGAAAGGAAAGUUAAGCAGAAGCUCUUCAAGAGAAAUGGUGGUUUCCUACUUCAACAACAGAUCUCUUCGAGUACAGGAAAUGUGUUUCCUGAAACAAAACUCUUCGUGAUUGAAGAGUUGGAGAAGGCAACAGACAAAUUCAACAAAUGUCGUAUUAUUGGUAAAGGAGGAGUUGGUACUGUCUACAAAGGAAUGCUGUCAGAUGGCAGCAUAGUGGCUGUAAAAAGGUCCAAUAUCAUUGAUGAGAGCCAAGUCAGCCAGUUCAUUAAUGAAGUUUUCAUUCUGUCCCAAAUAAACCAUAGGCAUAUAGUGAAAUUGUUAGGUUGUUGUUUGGAGACAGAAGUUCCAUUAUUAGUAUAUGAAUAUGUGCCCAAUGGAACCCUCUCUCACCAUCUUCAUGAUGAGCACAACGUCUCGACAAUUUCUUGGGACAACCGUCUACGUAUCGCUGCAGAAAUUGCAGGAGCCCUGGCUUACUUGCAUUCAUGUGCUUCAACAGCCAUUUUUCAUAGAGACAUAAAGUCGAGUAACAUAUUACUGGAUGAGAAUUAUAGGGCUGUAGUGUCCGACUUUGGACUCUCAAGGUCAGUAUCCAUUGAUAAGACUCACUUGACAACACUCGUAGGAGGCACAUUUGGUUACUUAGAUCCUGAAUACUUCCACUCAGGGCAACUAAAUGACAAGAGCGAUGUUUAUGCAUUUGGGGUAGUUCUUGCUGAACUCCUAACAGGUCGAAAAGCCAUCUCUUCCAAAAACUGUAAUGAAGGUCUAGCAAUACGCUUCCGAUUUGCACUGAAAGAGAACUCUUUGUAUGCGAUUCUGGAGAAGCUAGUAGCAAAUGAAGGUCAUAAAGAGGAUAUUAUUGCAGUUUCCAAACUUGCCAAGAGAUGCCUAAAGCUAAAUGCGCGGAAGAGACCAAGCAUGAAAGAAGUGGCAUCAGAACUUGAACAGCUGAGAAGGACAAGAAAGCAUUUGGUUCUUGAAGAGAGUUGUCAGGACAAUUACCAUUCCAUUAGUCCAAGCUCAAACUCCAAUAGCACCAAUGAAAUUGUGGAAGAGAACGAUUAAACGAAAUGGUGGACAAACUAGCUCCACUUGAAUUUGAAAGUUAGAAUUUUCCUUCAAAUAAUAAAGGAGCUACCACAUUCAACUAAAUGUAUUGACAUGUAUCCUGAUCAACUUUUAAAAUCUUCUGCAAAAAACUAUUAAGUAUCAUUUCUUUCUUCUUGUCAU